GAUUGAGAAGCAGCGCCAGCAAAUGGAACUGGCCAAACAGCAACAAGAGCAGAUUGCCAGACAACAGCAGCAGCUUCUGCAGCAGCAACACAAAAUCAACUUACUUCAGCAGCAGAUCCAGCAGGUUCAAGGUCAACUGCCGCCAUUAAUGAUUCCCGUAUUCCCUCCUGAUCAGCGAACACUGGCUGCAGCUGCCCAGCAAGGAUUCCUUCUUCCCCCAGGCUUCAGCUAUAAGGCUGGAUGUAGUGACCCUUACCCUGUUCAGCUGAUCCCAACUACCAUGGCAGCUGCUGCAGCAGCAACACCAGGCUUAGGCCCCCUCCAACUGCAGCAGUUAUAUGCUGCCCAGCUAGCUGCAAUGCAGGUUUCUCCAGGAGGAAAGCUUCCAGGCAUACCCCAAGGCAACCUUGGUGCUGCUGUCUCCCCUACCAGCAUUCACACAGACAAGAGCACAAGCAGCCCACCACCCAAAAGCAAGGAUGAAGUGGCACAGCCACUGAACCUAUCAGCCAAACCCAAGACCUCUGAUGGCAAAUCACCCACAUCACCCACCUCUCCCCAUAUGCCAGCUCUGAGACUAAACAGUGGGGCAGGCCCCCUCAAAGCCUCUGUCCCAGCAACCUUAGCUAGCCCUUCAGCCAGAGUUAGCACAAUCGGUUAUUUAAAUGACCAUGAUGCUGUCACCAAGGCAAUCCAAGAAGCUCGGCAAAUGAAGGAGCAACUUCGACGGGAGCAACAGGCGCUUGAUGGGAAGGUGGCUGUUGUGAAUAGUCUGGGCCUCAGUAACUGCCGGGCUGAAAAGGAAAAAACAACACUGGAGAGUCUGACUCAGCAAUUGGCAGUUAAACAGAACGAAGAAGGAAAAUUCAGCCAUGCCAUGAUGGAUUUCAAUAUGAGUGGAGAUUCAGAUGGAAGUGCUGGAGUUUCAGAAUCAAGAAUUUACCGAGAAUCCAGGGGCCGUGGUAGCAAUGAACCCCACAUAAAGCGUCCAAUGAAUGCCUUCAUGGUGUGGGCUAAAGAUGAACGGAGGAAAAUUCUCCAAGCCUUUCCUGACAUGCAUAACUCCAACAUCAGCAAAAUAUUGGGGUCUCGUUGGAAAGCUAUGACAAACCUCGAGAAACAGCCAUAUUAUGAGGAGCAAGCCCGUCUCAGCAAACAGCACCUGGAGAAAUACCCUGACUACAAGUACAAGCCCCGGCCGAAGCGCACCUGCCUGGUGGACGGGAAGAAGUUGCGCAUCGGGGAGUACAAAGCGAUCAUGAGGAACAGGAGGCAGGAGAUGCGGCAGUACUUCAACGUUGGGCAACAAGCACAGAUCCCCAUCGCCACUGCUGGUGUUGUGUACCCUGGAGCCAUCGCCAUGGCAGGAAUGCCCUCCCCUCACCUGCCUUCAGAGCACUCCAGCGUGUCCAGCAGCCCAGAGCCGGGGAUGCCUGUCAUCCAGAGCACUUAUGGAGUGAAAGGAGAGGAGCCGCAUAUCAAAGAAGAGAUACAAGCUGAGGACAUCAAUGGAGAAAUGUAUGAUGAGUAUGAUGAGGAAGAGGAUGAUCCGGAUGUAGAUUAUGGGAGUGACAGUGAAAACCAUAUUGCAGGACAAGCCAACUGAUAAGGGUCAAAAAGAUUGUUGUGACCUUAGGACUUAAAGAAGCCCUAACUGGUUUAUCCUUACCAGUGGCCAAGCACAUUAACUUUCUCAUACACUGACUGUUACUUUAACUGUUAGUCUUAACUAGUUGGGACAUCAGCUGACUAAUAGACCUCAGCCUCAAAAGGCUUGGAAAGAAAGAAAAUACAGCAAGCAAACAACAAUAUCAACAAGAGAUUGAAAUAAGCUAUGGGUAAAAUAAUGCCAGUAAUUCAGCUGCUACAACCAAGCACUGAAGUUCUUACCCGUCAACUUCUUCUUUUUUUUUUUAAUAAACUUUAUGGCUGUUUGUUCUACAAUGUUCUAGAAAUUCUCACUCAGGUACACAGUGCCAACAAGUGGCUUGUGAAUGUGUUUUGUUGUUUUGUGCUACAAUUUUUUUUUAAAGAAAUACGUUUUGUUUUGU